ACACGAGCCAAAGUUAUCCCGGAAUAAGGACAGCACGCAUGUGCCGUCAACCCGGAUGCAGAUAUCUCUGUGUCUGUGUUGUCAAAUUCUGCAACAUUGUUACAGAAUUAGUAACAAAUGUGCAUUCUAACACGCGCUGAACAAAGCCGUGCCGUUCCGAACCGACGGAAAUCGGGUCAAUGAGCCGUGACGUAACACCAGAUUGACAGCACCAUAACUAUAUGUUAUCGAAGAGCUGCACUUUUAAUUUGAGGUGAGAGAGCAAAAGUGGUUACUGUGUAGGCACACACGGUGGGAAUAACCAACUUUACCAAUGAUACCGUUAUAUAUCAGUGAUUCCGGCGUUGUUAAAAGUUAAAACAGGAGCAUCUCCUGUGUUGCAGAAUACGUCCCAUUAUAACUUAGCAUUAUGGACUUCCGCGCCAGGAGGUACGAAAGAGGCAGCAACUGGACAGAUCCAGAGAUCGUGGAGCUGCUGCAGCUCUGGUCCGACGAGUCCGUGCAGAUCGAGCUGGAGAGCUCCCUGCGCAACCAGCGCGUGUUUGACCGCAUCGCACACAUCUUGCGCGAAAAGGGCAUCUACCGCUCGGGCGACCAAUGCAGGGAGAAGAUUAAGAAGAUGAAGCUGGAAUAUAGGCGUAUCAAAGACAACCACAAGAUGAGGACUUGGAAGUUCUAUGACGUGAUGGACAGAGUGCUGGCGAGCCGUCCGGCGGUCAGCUACUCCUCUUUGGGGGGAGCCGUGGUAGCUCAGCAGGUGUUCCAGGGCUCAUGCGGGUCUGAGGCAUAUCUGCAGGGAGUUCCAGUUGGGUCGUUUGGCCCUUCAUCCUCAGGUGGAUUUUUGUUCGGCCAGCCACCUAAAGCUGAAGAUCCCCUGGACAUAAAGUGUGAGGAUGCUGAGGGGAACAUCCUGAAUUCAGGGGUGGCACCACCUGAGAUGUACUAUGGCUCAGGGGAUGACCAGGAGACAGAUGGGCAGUCUCUACUGGACGCAGAGGACACAUUGGGUCAACCUGAAACCUCACCUAAUACAAGAAUCUCACCCUCAGGUUUUAGGGACAUGAAUGCUUCUGCUACAUCUGCCACUCACAUUGGUCCUGUGAUGCAAGAAACAUCUGAGCAGCCCAGCAGUGAGACUCCUCACGGGUCAACCUCUGUGAAACAAAGGAAGCGUAGGCGGGGUGGCAGGGCGUCAUGUGGCAGAUCAGGUGGUAGGGAGAGCCUUGACAAAGCUCUGGUCAGCUUCCUAAGCUGGCAGCAGUCUGCAGAGGAGCGUCUUCUCUCCCUGGAAGAGGCCCGGCUGGAGAGAGAGUUCCAGGCUGAGGAACGCAGGGAGCAGAGGGAGGAGAGAAGGGCAGAAAAGGAGCGGCAGCACGAGCUCCACCUGUUCACUAUGCUCACAGGGGCUCUGUUCGCCACCACACAGGGGGCCCCUGCCACCACGCCAUCCGACAGUCCCGUCUCACCUCUGGCUCAUCUGUCAAGUCCUCCGCUGGCCACUGCCGGCCCCGCUGUCUCGUCAUCUUUAUCUCAGCCUCCUCCAGAAGCUCCCACAGCACAACCUGUUGCCACUCAGGAGACCAAAAAGUCCCAGCCCAUAUCUGUCAAGACCUGCCAAGUGUCACAGGAUGUUUUGGCAACAAUGAUCGGCGCAGAGGCUCCCGGCCGCAGCGUGUACCUGUCCAGCCGAGGUAACAGCAUCCGACAGAAUCAAGGCAUUCUCCAGGAGGGAUUUAUCCAGUAUGCAAUGGACAAACAUCAUCAAACAGACAAUCCUGAUGGCAUUGUCAACUUGGGAACCAGUGAGAACAAACUAUGCUAUGAUCUUCUUCAUAAAAGACUAACCAAGCCUGACAUGUUGCAUGUUGAGCCAUCCCUGUUGCAGUAUGCAGACUGGACUGGGCACGCUUUCCUCAGAGAAGAAGUUGCAAAGUUCCUGUCUCACCACUGCUGCUCUCCCAAGCCACUAAGAGCUGAUAAUGUUGUGGUGAUGAAUGGCUGUGGUUCGCUCUUCUCAUGUAUUGCUGCAGUAAUUUGUGAUCCUAAAGAUGCCAUUCUUAUUCCUACUCCUUUCUAUGGGGUUAUAACUGAAGAUGUGCAUUUGUACAGUGAUGUAAAACUCUUCCAUGUUCCUCUUGAUUGCGAGGCUGAUGGCAAAGAAAGCAGACACUUUCACCUCACUGUAGAGAAGCUAGAAGCAGGGCUAAAAAAGGCAAAGCAAGAGGGGUGGAACAUUAGAGCCCUUAUUCUCAUGAACCCUCACAAUCCUCUGGCUGAGCUCUACACUCCAAAGGAAAUGAUUGCCUUCUUAGAGUUCGCCAAAAGAAAUGAGCUGCACGCCAUUGUAGACGAGGUGUACAUGCUGACGGUCUUCGAUGAGUCUGUCACCUUUCGCAGUGUCCUCAGCAUAGAGAGUUUGCCCGACCCACAGAGGACGCAUGUGAUGUGGGGGAUGAGCAAGGACUUUGCAAUGGCAGGAAUCAGAAUAGGAACUUUGUAUACUGUGAAUACAGAUCUUGUGGAGGCUUUGGCUCAGCUGGGUUCAUUCCACGGUCUUCCUGGAACCUUGCAGCACCAGGUGGCUCAGCUGCUCCGGGACAGAGACUGGAUCAACAAUGAAUUUCUGCCUGAAAACCGACGCAGGCUGAAAAAUGCUCACAGCCUCCUGACCAGAGAGCUGCAAAGCCUAGGUAUCCCUUUCCUGGACAGACCUGCUGCCCUGUAUGUCUGGGCUGACCUUAGAAAGUAUCUGAGCAAGUCAUCGUUUGAGGAAGAGCUGUCUCUAUGGAGGUGUUUCCUCAAACACAAAGUGUUGUUGAGCUGUGGGCAGGCGUUCUCAUGCUCCACACCUGGAUGGUUCAGAAUCGUUUUUGCAGACCAGCAACCCCAACUUCAACUUGGCCUAAAGCGAAUUCAAGAGGCCUUGAGAGAAACCAAGGAAAAGAACACCAGCUCUGUUACAUGCUCAAUUAAAGAAACUGAUGAUGGGGGUAAAAAGACAGUAAAAGAGGGAGGUGAUGAGUCAGACAACACUGCUAUUGUUAAUUCAACCCCCCAGAGCAAGUCAUCAGACCAGCUGAAGGAGAGGGAUAGCCCUGUUCCUGACACAGGCUUGUUUGGCGCAGAGGAGUUUCUUUUGCUGGACUGCCAAGAAUCUAAGCCUGCAGAGGGUCUGGACUCCCUUAUUGGUACUCUCAGGCAUCAGAUCCGUUCGUCUGAUUGGCUGGAGAAGAACACUCCAGUGCUGUCUCAUGGGGAGGAUCCAGAAAUUCUUGAUGUAUUCAAGUCUCUGCUGCAAAGAGCCAAAAAGUAAGCUUUCGAUAAACAGACAGGAAUGCGACUGCCAAAGAUUUCAAGAGGCAGUGCUUAUUUUUCCUUCUUCCCACUUGUGUUUAAUUUGAAAAGCCUGACAAAGACAUCCGACUCUGGGUCAUAUCUGAUGCUUGCCUCAGCUUACAUCAGCAGUGAAUGAUAUAAAGCAGAGAGGUGGAUGAAAGGCCAGGACAGAUGGAUGAAAAGGAACAUGGUUCUUUUUUUUCCCAUCUUGACGCCUUACUAUGAGAAAGAUAGUUUUUUGUAAGCUAUAGUAAGAAUGUUGAAUUUCUCAAAAUCGAAGUAAGUACCAAACGUCAGUCAACCAGAAACAGUCAAGUUCUAUUUUCUUCACCAUUAAAUGAAUCAGAAUGAUUUAUCAAUUAUCUGUGAAUAAAGGAUUAAAUUAUCCA